AUGGAACCAGCAGAGAUAGCUUUUCUUACAAGUCUUGGCUUUACUGAUGUUUCGUUUAUUGCUCAAGGCGGUUACGGGAGUAUUUGGAAGGUAUUCUCACCUUCGUAUAAUCGUCAAUUUGCAAUAAAAAAGGUUCCAUUAGAGAUGUUCAAAGAAGAGGAACUAGACUGUUUUAAGAUUAUUGAUGACACACGAAUUGUUAAUUUGUAUAAAUUUUACAAGUAUGAUAAUUUCAUAUACCUCGUGAUGGAAUACUGUCCUUAUGAUUUAGAAAUAUACCUUAAGAACCAACACGAACUUUCAACCCACGAGCUUGCAAGAUUCAUGCAUGACAUGCUUGCUGCAGUAAAAGCAUGCCAUGAUCGCAAUAUUGCCCAUUGCGAUAUUAAGCCAAGCAACUUUUUGAUUGACGAAUAUGGUAGAAUUAAGAUAUGCAACUUUGGAUUAUCAACAAUUAUGAAAGAUGAAUACAAAAGUAAGACCUUUGGAGGAACAAAACUUUUUAUGCCUCCAGAAAUCGUUUCUAAACGCGAGUUUAACCCAUUUGCUGCAGAUGUGUGGUCAUUAGGUGUCACAUUUUACUUCAUGGCUUCCCAUCAGUAUCCAUUUUUCUCGACAAAUUCUGAGUACUUAUUUGAAAAAAUUGUUCGUGGAAUUUAUGAAACAGAUGUUAUUGAAAAUGCACAACUGAAGGUUUUGAUCGCCAAAUGCCUCGAAACAGACCCUUCAUGUAGAGCAACUGUUGAUGAACUUCUGAAAAUGCCAUUUAUUACUUACAAUAUGCCACAACCAAAUAAAAUCGGAAUGUACAAGCAUAUAAAUGCAACCAUGAGUCACAACAUUGUAAUACGUCCAAAAUUCCUUAAAAAGAAUCCAAUUAGACCAAACCAUUCAUUUGUUAAUAUUAUUCCUUCCGGUUCAAUAUUGAAUAUUGGCGUUUAA